GAUGCGGCUCCAUCUGCCCCCCGCGGCAAGUCACGGAAAAGACGAAGCGAAGUUCUUGGCAAUUUUCAAUCGUCAUCCAUAAGUCAGAAGCGCCGACCAAUGGAUCCAGAGGCGUCUCGACGCCAUAACCCACUCAAGGAGUACUUUGGUUCGUUGAGAAAUAGUCUCAGUAGUGCUUAAGCUUACUACCAACAGACGAUGACCUUGGACUGCAGUCUGCGUCUGAUGACGGCGAAAUGGACGAAGAAGAUUGCGAAGACAGCGACUCGGCAGAAGAGCACGAGUCUGAACCUGAUCAACCGGUAAAACUUAGGACCAUAACUGCGUUCAUUAAAGCAUCGAAAGAGGGUACUCCUGUUACACAGCCAAGUCAUCCACAAACUCCGGUCGAUGAUGAUUCUGUUACUGAACCUGAAUCCGAGCCAGAGGUUGCUCAGGUUUCGACGAAGCGGAAGUCACCUGCAUCAGAGCAGAUUAUGCCAACUUCCAAGCGCAGAAAAACGCCUUGCCCAGACGAUGAAUCGGAAACUGAACCAGAGUCCGACAUAGAUUUACCUACAGUUUCAAGAGUUUUAAAACAGCUCCCGCUUAAUACCACGAAAGUUCCCGAAUCCGACUCCGAAACGGAGCCUGAAGACGAGGACGAAAUAGAAACAUACCCUGACCCAGUAAAACCUGAUCUAAUUCUCUGAUUGUCAUCUACUGAGCAGAUACAGAAUCUCCAUCCAAAGCCCGGCUUCCCUCUUGCUCCCGAUCAGAGUCCUCUUGGACCUAUAGUGUUGAACAAAGCCGAGGGUAUCAGGGUGCCCGCGUCAAUUAA